AUGGCUGCCGUGUACAAAUCUUUGGCCAGGGCCAAUGGCGAGAAGAGCGACGCUCAGAGCGACGCUCGCAAGAAGAACCGCCAGCGCGUGCUGAUCCUGUCCUCACGAGGCGUGACAUACAGACACCGUCACCUCAUGAACGACCUCGCCGCAAUGAUGCCCCAUGGCCGCAAAGACGUCAAGUUCGACUCGAAGUCGAAGCUGUUCCAGCUCAACGAACUAGCCGAGCUCUACAACUGCAAUAACACGCUGUUUUUCGAGGCGCGCAAGGGGAAGGAUCUUUAUAUGUGGAUGAGCAAGGUUCCCAACGGCCCGACGGUGAAGAUGCAUGUACAGAACCUGCACACAAUGGAAGAACUUCACUUCACCGGAAACUGUCUCAAGGGCUCUCGCCCGAUUCUUUCUUUCGACACCGCUUUCGACCAAGAGCCACACCUGCAACUCCUCAAGGAGCUCUUCCUUCACAUCUUUGGCGUCCCACAAGGAGCGCGGCGCUCGAAGCCGUUUAUCGACCACGUCAUGGGCUUCACAAUCACCGACGGAAAGGUGUGGGUACGCAACUACCAGAUCAACGAGGUAGAGGCCAGCAGAGUGGCAGCGGGUGCUGAUUCUGAUGAGGACGCGGCCAGCAGCAAGUCCAGGUCGAAGGAUUCCAAGGAGAGCAAUAUUGACCUUGUCGAGAUUGGCCCCCGCUUUGUUCUGACGCCCAUCGUCAUCCAGGAAGGUUCGUUUGGUGGCCCAAUCAUCUACGAAAACAAGCAGUUUGUGUCGCCCAACCAGGUGCGCUCCGACCUGCGGAAGCAGAAAUCUGAGCGACACAGCGACCGCACAGACCGGGAGCGCGAGCUUUUGGUCAAGAGAGAUAACCUGGGCCUCCGGACAAACAAUGAGGCAAAGAUCAAGCGAAAUAGUUUUGACGCCAAGUCCCUCUUUGCAUGA